UUCCGGUAGGUAAAAAUGAACAAUCAAAUGUACCAACAAUUUAAAUGCCAGUAGUAUAGUGUUUUGACAGUAGACAUUUAAAAUUUGAGAAUGACAGAUGAACGGAAUUUUCGCUCCUCAUAUUAUGAAAAGGUUGGAUUUCGAAGUGUCGAGGAGAAAAAAUCAUUAGAAAUAUUAUUGAAAGAACGUCCCUUGGAUAAAGGAAAAUUAAAGCAGUUCUGUUUACGAUUCACAGUUCCUGCAAUACAUCGAAAUUUUUUAUGGAAAAUUUUAUUGGGAGUUAUUCCAGUUCAUGAGGAUAGUCACGACUUUGUUAUGAAGCAACGAAAAAAUGAAUUUGAAGAUUUAAAGAGUGCAUUGAUUAGUGCACAAAUAAUGGACGUCACAACAAAACCUUCACAAAUGUUUUUUACAAUGUGGCUUCUGAGGAAUAAACGGACAAAACUUGAUAUGAACACACAAAUAGAUAUACCACCUUUUAGAUCAAUGAACAAGAUGGCAAAAAGUUUAUGGAAUGUUAUGAGUAUAGAUUAUGAUAAUGAAAAAUCAGUGGAUAUUUAUUGGGUACUGUGUGGUUUUCUCGAUCACAUUCAAAAAUUUCAAAAGGACGUUGAUCGAUUGAAAGAAUGUACGUGCAUUGUUCUUGAACGUGAAGAUUUAGAAUUAUACAAUCAUUUAGUUGAAAUUGAUGCUCUGAAAUUUCUUCCUUACGAAACUUGGUUUCAUUCAUGUUUUGCAGACAUAAUUAGCGAUGGUUCCAUAACAAAAAUUUGGGACAAGAUUGCAGUAGGAGCAUAUAAAAUUUUAGUAUUUGUUGCAAUUGUAAUUUUAACUACUCUGCGUCGAUUUUUACUGAAAUGCAGUAAACUCGACAAUGUUCUCGAUAUUAUUCAAAAUAUUACUGAAGAAACUUCAGAGCUUAUAGUCAAUAAAGCAAUCGAAUUAUGGCAACAAAGUGGAUCAAAUGUUGUACAAAAUACUUAGGUAAUUUUAUAAUCGCAAAUACUCACAAAUUAUGGCUGUAUAAACAUUAUCUCUAAUUUUUGAAUUCUAAGCUUAUUUAUUAAUAUAUUGCAAAUAAAUGAUAAUUUCAAUAA